UAACUGCCGUGACUGAAAAACUACAAGACCCAGCUAAAAUUCUACCUUCAAAUCUCCAACCAACUGCCCUACACGCAACCUGCCAAAAGCCCAGAGGAAGGAGAGUCAUGGAUUCCUACAGAAAAUAUGCAGCUGUCAUUCUGGCCAUGCUGUCUGUGUUUCUGCAUAUUCUACAUUCCUUUCCUGAUGGAGAGUUUACAAUGCAAGGUUGUCCAGAGUGCAGGCUAAAGGAAAACAAAUACUUCUCCAAGCUGGGUGCCCCAAUCUAUCAAUGCAUGGGCUGCUGCUUCUCUAGAGCAUAUCCCACACCAGCAAGGUCCAAGAAGACAAUGUUGGUACCAAAGAACAUCACCUCAGAAGCCACAUGCUGUGUGGCCAAAGCAUUUACCAAGGCCACAGUGAUGGGGAAUGCCAGAGUGGAGAACCACACGGAGUGCCACUGCAGUACUUGUUACUACCACAAAUCUUAAAUAUUUUUUCAAAGUUCCCUGUUGAUGACUGAUGAUUUCUGGAAUGGAGAAUUAAUAUGUUCCAUGUUUACAGACGUGGGAGAUAAAGCCCCUUUCCCCCCUUAUUGUCCCUUUUUUGACAAGCUUCAAGGAUAUACUGCAGCUCUAUUGCCUUUCUCUAUCUUAUGGUAUAAUCAAUAGUCAACCUCUUUUUAUUUGGAAUGAAAUACAGCAUUUUGCAGGACCAUAAA